CUUGUUUAUUAGAGAUUGUAAUCAUGCUUGGCUUGAUGGGUUUUGUUUCCAAGCUUUUUUUCUGCUUAAGUUCAAAACUUUAUGUGCUUGAAUCUUAAAAUUUAGGUUCUAAAAAAUUAUUCUGAAUUGCAAUAUUCCUCUCCAAUUGCAUUGUCUAGCUGUCUAUAUCUAAAUUGACUUUGGAAUGUGGGAUUGUUAUGUCUAGAUUUUGAAUUUUUGAGUAUCAAAGCAUCUCUUGAUCGAUGCAUUCUCUGUUUGAUAUCAAUUUGUUUAUUGUUCCUUGGCUCAAGGAUCUUCAUUUCAAUUUGUGAUGUUGUUGAAUGAUUUAUCUCCAAAUGGAUUUUGAGACACAGCUUGAGAUUGCUACUGUCUCAUCUGGUUGGAAGAAAGAUAGGGGAUGAGUAGAACCGUUGCUGACCAUCUUGCGUAGAGCUGGCCCUGACAUUUUAGAGGCUCCACAAGCGGGUGCUUUGACUUUCUUGAGAAUAAAUGGACUCUUUUUUCAAAAACUCAUAUCUGGAUCCAAAGCCGGCGCGUGCCCAGCUUCCUAAGAGGGCUAGCUCUGAUCUUGCGUCUCCUUCUCAACCGCUAAACAUUGCGAUAGCUAUUAGUGGGAGCGAUAAAAGCAAGAAUGUACUGAAGUGGGCGCUCAACAAGUUUGGUUCUGACAAAAAUGUCACUUUCAAGCUGAUUCACAUCCAUCCAAAAAUUACUACUCUACCCACAGCUUCGGGAAACAUAGUCUCUAUAUCCGAGGAACUAGAGGAUGUGGCAACUGCUUAUAGACAAAAAGUGAUGCAGGAGACAAAAGAAACUCUUCUUAAACCUUUCAAGAAAAUGUGCCAGCGGAAAAAGGUUGCAGUGGAACUUCAAGUGCUCGAAUCAAAUAGUGUUGCAGUGGCGAUAACCAAAGAGGUUAAUCAGCAUUUGAUCAGCAAUCUUGUCAUUGGACGCGCAUCUCAAAGUGCCUCCUCGAGGAAUUAUGAUAUUACAGCGACGAUAUCAGCAAGUGUGUCAAACUUAUGCACAGUCUAUGUUGUCUCAAAAGGAGGAGUCCAUAUUCUUGCAAAAGAUAAAUUAUCGUCUGACACGGAGAGGAAUGACACUUCAGAAUCUGGUUAUGAGAGAACAGAUUCCAGCUGUUCUUCAGGUUCAGGACCUAACUCAGAUCUAAUGUCAAAUGCACUCAAAUCUAACCCUCAUGUUCUGUCCAAGAAGAGAAUGCAAAAUCUCCCGACAAUAGUAAGAGAGGUUUCUGUUCUUACGGAAACUAGUUCUACUGAGUCAGAUGAAACUAGAAAGAGGUCUUCGGAUGCUGCAGAGGAAGCAAGCAAGAGAAGUAGCCCUGAAAAAUCGCGUAGUGUUUCUUGGAAUCCUCGGUUUAGAGAUUUCGAUGAGAGAAAAGACGCUAUGAGUUCCAUGUCUAGCAACUUUGAAUAUGGAAAUGUUACUCCCUUUGGAAACUAUUUCACAGACAACCAGGACACGCUCAAUGAAAUUUCGAAGUUGAGAGCUGAGCUUAGACAUGCUCAUGAAAUGUAUGCAGUGGCUCAAGUAGAAACGUUGGAUGCUUCUCGCAAGCUAAAUGAGCUUAAGUUUGAAGAGCUAACGCUUAUGGAGCACGAAACGAAGGGGUUAGCAGCAAAGGAAACAGAGAAGUUUGAGCAGAAGAGAAGGGAAGAGAGAGAAGCUGCACAAAGAAGAGAAGCUGAGAUGAAAGCAACCCAUGAAGCCAAAGAGAAGGAGAAGCUUGAAGAAAGUUCCCUUGUGGCUCCUAAGCUGCAAUACCAAGAGUUCACGUGGGAAGAAAUCAUUACCGCAACUUCAUCAUUCUCUGAAGAUUUAAAGAUUGGAAUGGGAGCUUACGGGGAUGUUUACAAAUGCAAUCUGCAUCAUACAAUCGCCGCUGUCAAAGUUUUGAAUUCAGCUGAAAGUAGUCUAUCCAAGCAAUUCGAUCAAGAGCUCGAAAUCUUGAGCAAGAUCAGGCACCCGCACUUGGUUCUUCUUCUAGGAGCAUGUCCUGAGCACGGCGCUCUAGUCUAUGAGUACAUGGAAAACGGUAGCCUGGAAGAUAGACUGUUCCAAGUCAACGAUAGUCAACCAAUCCCGUGGUUCGUGCGGUUCAGAAUCGCUUGGGAAGUGGCAUCAGCACUUGUUUUCCUCCACAAAUCAAAACCGACACCAAUCAUCCACCGCGAUCUUAAGCCCGCCAACAUCUUGCUUAAUCACAACUUUGUCAGCAAAGUAGGAGAUGUUGGUCUUUCCACAAUGAUCCAAGCUGCCAACCCAUUGUCAACCAAAUUCACCAUGUACAAACAGACAAGCCCCGUGGGAACGUUAUGCUAUAUCGAUCCCGAAUAUCAGAGAACCGGAAGGAUAUCUCCAAAAUCAGACGUCUAUGCUUUCGGAAUGAUCAUUCUGCAGCUUCUCACUGGUCAACAGGCUAUGGCACUGACAUAUACAGUAGAAACAGCCAUGGAGAACAACGACUACGACGAGCUAAUACAGAUUCUUGAUCAAAAAGCGGGUAACUGGCCAAUCGAAGAAACCAGGCAAUUAGCUGGUUUAGCACUCCAGUGUACAGAGCUCCGUUCUAAAGACAGGCCUGAUUUGGAAGAUCAGAUUCUUCCAGUAUUGGAGAGCUUAAAGAAAGUAGCUGAUAAAGAAAGAAACUCGCUUUCCACAGCGCCAAGUCAACCUCCAAGCCAUUUCAUCUGCCCAUUACUUAAGGAUGUGAUGAAGGAGCCAUGUAUUGCGGCUGAUGGGUACACUUAUGACCGGAGAGCCAUAGAGGAGUGGAUGGAGAACCACCGGACGUCACCGGUGACUGAGUCGCCUUUACAAAACGUGAGCCUUUUGCCCAAUCACACUCUGUACGCAGCCAUCGUUGAAUGGAGAAAAAGAAAUCAGUAAGGCAAAAAAAAAAAAAAAGCGCUAUGUUUUAAUGCCACUCUUUGAAACUGCGUAGCGUUUUUCAGUUUAGAGAAACGGCGAGAUGUUCUUACGGCCUUUUUCUUUUGGUUUGUUUGUUCUUUUGGAAUUUGGAAUGACCUUUUUCUUGCAUAUGGAUUUAUUUUAUUCUUUACUUUGUGGAUUCGGUUGAAAUGUAUAGUAUGUAAUUUGGUAUUAACAGAUUGAUAAACCAUUUCGAUCUAAAUCU